GGUGAGGGUGUGAAAGAUGCAACGGCUUGCACGGGCACGGAAAAGGGCAGGGGUUCUCGCUGUAGCCGGUGGUGCAGCCGAAAAAAGAUGAGGGUGCCCGGUGAUGUUGGUGGUGGUGGUGGCGGUACCGUGGUGGUGCUCCUCCAAGGCCGCCUCAAAACCGAAAAAGAUGGAACGAAAAAAAGUCGAUAAAAUUGCUGGAGCGCAAGGUCAAAAGGUCGCCCUCCCCGCAAUUGCCAUGACGUCCAGUCUUUGCCGGUGGGGGGCCUCUUUUCCCGGCGGCGUUAGGCCGACUUGGCCGAAGCCGGGGCCGAAUAUCGGGGCAAGUGCGACAAUGCUGAAUAAUCAUCACCAGCCGACUGGACAGGGGUGAUCCUCUGCUUUCAGCGCCAGCGAAGCACUUGAAGCAUGAAUCCAAACAUGCGUAUC